AUGGGAGAACUAGAUCCAGCCUUCAUCCAACCCACCGAGCACCGCCCCAAACUUGCCGUCGUCGAAGCCAAUGGCAUUCCACUGAUUGAUCUCUCCGUGAUCAAUCAUGGGGUACCAUUACAACUCCGGCAAAACCUCGAGAUCGCAGCGAGAAAGUUCUUUGCUAUGCCAAAAGAGGAGAAGCAGAAGGUGAGGAGAGAUGAGGUGAACCCUACAGGGUAUUAUGAUGCUGAGCAUACAAAGAAUAUUAGGGACUGGAAAGAGGUGUUUGAUCUUUUUGUACAGAAUCCAACAAUAUUUCCUGUUUCUCACGAGCCUGAUGACAAUGAGCUGAAGGAGUAUACUAACAAGUGGCCUGAGAAUCCUCCAGAAUUAAGGUAG